ACCACCACCCAAUCAAACACCUCCACGAAGCCCAACGUAGAAGCAUCCAGCCGCAGAAAAUCGUCUCCCUCACUCUUCCCCCUACCUCUCUCUCAUUAUUCAUUUCUGGAAGAUCUGCAACUCCACAAAUCUGAGUCUAUAGAAAACACCAAAAGCCAUGAGCGACCCAAUUGAGCCCUCAACGUCGUCGUCUCCGGCCGCCUCCGUCACAGCGGCGACCACGGACGCCGCCAAAGAACCGGCCUCUCUGAUUCACCCUCGCCGCGAGCCCUUCGAGCAUGGGCUGCUCUCCAUCCCCAAGCUCAUCUUCACCGACCCAACGCAAACCCUAAUUCCCCUCAAGCACAAGCUCAUCGAGCAAUCGCCGAGUCUCCGCGUCAACGCCGCCGCGAUCUCCGAGUCCCUCCAGAUCUCCAUUGAUCUCGCGAGGCUCGUCCUGGAUACCCUAGCGUCAGUUCUUCACUUGGAGGCCGAGCCGCUCGUCCUCGCCGAGCCGGACGCGAUCGAUGAGGUCGGAGCCGAUGUGCAUGAUCUGGUUUUGUUCCUCUACAUUCAGUCCUACAAGAAAUUGCUGCCUAGAACGCACAAGGAUUCCGCCGCCGUCGCCGAUGUUUGGCCCUCCACGUCGGCCUUCGACGGAUAUCUAUCAGCGCUGUCGCCGUUGCAGCUUGUCCGUAGCAACAGCCGCCGGUUUGUGCCAUCACAGGCUGAUGAAGAGGCCCAUCAGUUAUCAUAUCUGCAAAAGCAUUUAGGUAACCUGGUCUCACUGUUAGCAGAACCCGUGGAGGGAGAAGGCGACGAAUCUCUGGUUUUAACCAUGGAAAGGUUAGACCACCUUGGGUUUCUGAUUCAAUUUGGCGAUAAAGGAUCUGAAAGUGGUCACCUGAGCCAGUAUGCUCCCUUCUUUGCAAACUCAGAUCCUGAUAUGCCUGCCGUUCCUGUUCCUGCAUCACAAGUUCACGAAUGGAUUUUAAAUAACAUUGCUUCUGCGCUGGAAAAUAUUUCAGAAAGAAUUUCUCCUAAAGAAAAUGGUCUGCCCAGUUCCUCAGAUCAAGAUGUUCCCAUGGCUGAUGCCUGCACAAGUUCUAAUAAAGGCUCAACAAGUGUCAGAGGUUCCAGUUUUAUUGAAGGGAUCUCUAAAUCUUCGUUUGUUAGGCAUGCAUCUGAUAUUAAAGGUCCUUCUGUAAAGGUUUUAAACUGCCACGAUUCUGUGAUCUAUAUAUUAGCACCUCUGAGAUAUGCCACAGUCUAUGGAUGCUCUGAUGCUACAAUUGUCCUUGGAGCUGUUGGAAAGGCUGUAAGAAUUGAGCACUGUGAGCGAGUUCAUGUGAUCACAGCAGCAAAUCGAAUCUGCAUCGCUAACUGCCGUGAAUGCAUGUUCUUUCUCGGGGUUAACCAACGACCACUUAUCGUUGGGGAUAACCAUAAGCUGCAAGUGGCACCGUACAAUACCUUUUACAGUCAGUUGGAGGAGCACUUGCGUGAGGUUGGGAUUGAUGCUACUAUCAAUAGAUGGGGUGAAGCCCUGCCACUUGGAAUGGUAGAUCCACAUGAUUCACUAUCUCAUCCAGCAGGUGUCUCUGAUGCUCAGGCUGAGUCUGCUACUCGCUUAGACCCUGACCAGUUCACAAAUUUUUUGAUUCCAAACUGGUGCGAAGUUGAACCUCAUGGUUCCACAAAAGACAACCCAUUUCCAUUACCAGAAGGUUAUGUGGAAUCUCAAGAACGGAAUCAGAAGAAUUUAGGGGAGGUAAAGCAAUUAUUGAGAGAAGCACCUCUUGAGGACAACAGAAAACGGGAAUUAUCAACUGCUCUUCAUGUAUAUUUUAAAGACUGGUUGUAUGCUUCUGGAAACAUACGACAGCUUUAUUGCCUACAAGGCGAGUGAUUUUUGGUUUGUAUGCUGUGGAACAACUAAGAUCCCUUGUCAUACUCACUCGUGCCAGUUCAAAUGGUGCUACAGGCAGAUCAGAAUCAAACCUUUGUACUUCGGAGCGAUACAUGGCGGAAUUAUGCAUUGAUACGGUGCACAGGAUGGAAUUAGAAUUACAUUUGCUAAUCUCAUUGUAAUAUUUUUUUGGGGGCAAAUAAUCUUACUGUAAUAUUUUGUUAACCUAGGUUCACAGCCUUGUGAAUUUUCCUUCCUAUUUUCUUGUGGGUCUAGAAUACUGGAUCUCUAACCGUUUUGAGUUUUUGUUUUUCACUUCCAGGAAUUCGUAGCUUGUCUUUAGAGUGAUUUAGUUAUUUUAUUAAGUUGUUUUAUUGAAAUUUACUUGGAAAAUGUCCUUCCUGUAUCUGGAAAUGGCCCUUUCCUACUCUGGCAGGUUGAAUAAUUAAUAAACUUUAUGCCAUUGGAGUUCCAUCAGAA